CCCUCAGUAUGGGACCUUUUAUCAUUCUUCUACUCCUCCAGCAAGACAUUGUACAAAGCUCUGCACAGUAUUACUGCGCUCUGCAGGAUAGAACGAUGAGAGUGACAGAGGGAGGAUCUGUUACCUCCCGAUGUAAAUUAUCAUACCCAGAACGUGAUGAUUAUACAGCACUGCUAAUUCAGUGGUAUGACUCAGAAUAUGGAAAUUGCUACACUGGAUACAAUAUCGAUAACCUCACUAUGAUCUCCACACAUGAUAAAUAUAAAGGGAGAAUCUCCAUAAUGACAAAUUCGGUUGAAAUCCGGGAAGUGAAUAGAAAGGACGGUCCAGUAAUCUGCUGCAGUGUUAAUGUCACAUAUACUUCAAAUGUUCCAUUUUAUUUCAGCACAUUAUAUGGGACACGGCUUCUGUUUGAUGAUCAGGUCUGGGUGGAUCAGUUGGAAGCUGUUACUGCUCUCACAGGAGACAAUAUCACCAUUUCCUGUCACAUUAAUUACCCAGCUGGAAGGAACAUUAGUGUACAACAAGUUAUCUGGAAAAUGGGAGAAGAUUGUCACAUAGCAGAUAAUAUAUCAGUUAUAUUCUCAUCUGAGGUCAGGGAAAGUACUGAGCGUUUCUCUGUGGUGGAUUUCCCUAAUGAUGUCUCCCUGCGUAUAAAUAAUAUACAGAUGAAUGAUGGGCGGACUUACUGCUGUUUAGUGAAAACCAAUGAAGGGGAAUUCAGUAUAAAACAUGGCACAGAGCUGGUGAUUACAGGGCUCAGGCGCCAUUCAGAAUUCACUGUUAAUCAGCCUGAGGAAUCCUCAGCCCCAGUAGGAGGCUCAGCCAACAUUACCUGCUCAUACAAUACAUUACCUGCCAUAAAUAAAACACUCAUGGAUGCUGUGAUUUACUGGAGAGCUGGCAGCCUUGAUGGACCUAUAGCAUAUCACCCCUCCACAUGGAUGGUUCAUCCCACUUACAGAGGAAGGACAAAUGUGACACAGCAAGCAGAUCUACAGAUAAUGGGGGUACAAGACACAGACAGCUCUGUAUAUUACUGCUUUGUGACACUCAAAUUCUGUGUUGGCAAUGGUGUCAUUAACAAUUCUAUCAGCUAUGGAAAUGGAACAAGACUGAUCAUAACAGAAGAGAAAACAAGUCCGACACAAUUGGUUACAUCCACAAAAUCUGGACCACCGAUGCACACCACCAGCCUAAAAGGUGUACACAAAAUAUCAAGAACUCUAAUAAUAGUUAUCAGUUCAGUCAUAUUUCUAGCCAUUCUGAUUGUCGUGGGUGGAAUUCAAAUCUUUCGAAAAGGACUUUGUUGUAAGAAAGAACAUAGAAUUUCUGUCAUCCAGCAGAAUGUUGUCACUGCAAAUGCUGGUGAUUUACCCAAUGAAAGAACAAGAGGCGGAAUGGAAAAUGAACAGGAGGAAGCAGGGUUUUUUUAUGCUGACCUGAACUUGACCAAAGUAAAUCCUGGACGAUCUCACUACCAACCAGACCACGAAGCAGUAAUUAUAUAUUCUGCUGUUAAAUCUUAAGGGUUAGCUGUCGUUACCCUGCUGGAUAUAUAUGUGUACAAAGUCAAAACAAGGUUCCUCCCCGGAAGGUGACACAAGGUUCCAUGAGUGCUGAUGUUUUAUUUCAUUAUAGUUCAGACAGUUCAUUUGUUCAAAAUGAAUAUGUAUAGGCUUUAUUCUUUUUUCAGAUACUUAGAGUUUUCUUUUAUCUCUCUGGGAGAGAUGGGGAUUUUUGCUAGUUAGUAGAUUUUCCCUUUUUUUCUUUCAGGGAGAUUUAUCCUUAAUUUCAGGAGACUAGCUUUUACCAUUCCUCCAAAGGUUCAGAGUUGAAAUUUAUACUGUGCUAUUGUAAAUAGAAUAGGCUACAUUUGUUACACAUAUGGACUCUUUGCUAUUAUUUAUGAUUAGAACAUGGAUGCCAUUAACCAAUUGGAAGUAUGAAAGGGCAAGACGGAGGACUAUAUAGCUUUAGAGCAUAAAGCAAGAUGGCAUCUGAUGGAUUGGCUUACAUCACAGGGAGAGGGCAGAUUGAAUCAAUGGACAAAGAGGAUUGCAGUGUUCCAGAGGUUGAAUUAUUCUGUUGACAUAAUGAAUCUUG